GAAGCUGCAGGAGAGGAGGCAGCCCGUGCAUCCUGCGAGCUGAAAACAGAGGGAACUUUUGUGUGAACCUUCGCGGUAUCAGCGGGGAAUGCACUACCGGGAAAAUCUACGGAUUACACAGCCUGCGUCUUAAACCCGCGUUCUCGUGCGUAAAAACAUCUGGUUACUGGACCAUGACCGCGCUCGUCCCGUCUGCCUGACUAACGCGUUCUAGGAGAAGUUGGUGUUUUUUGGUUAGAUUUAGAGGAGUAGACGUUUUGAUGACACUUUUUUUUAUGCAGUUUUCGAGGGCUGCAGACCGGGGGAACAAAGUUCAGAGUCAGAGAUUCUGAGACGCGCCGAUCUGCCCGCUUGAAGUCAAGGAGGAUUUCGGAGACUGAAGACAUGAGACCGUUUGCCAUCUGCGCGCUUCUGCUGUUAAAAGUUACUCUCGGACAUGCCUGUGCCAGUAACAAGUUCACUGAAUCAGGGGAGUGUUGUAGUCUGUGUCCUGCUGGCUUCGGAGUGGUGGCACUAUGUGGGAAAGAGGAUACCAAGUGUGCACCGUGCCCACUGGGAACAUUUUCUGCAUCUGAAGACCUCUCCCCUUGCCUUCCCUGCUCCAACUGCCCACCUAGUGUCCCCGUGGUGGCCUCUUGCGCUGCCUAUCAAGACACACAAUGUGAAUGUGACAAGGGCUUCUUCUUUUUGAGCACCCAUGGCCUGUGUGCGCCUUGCUCCAAAUGCACCCAUGGUGAGGGUGCUAUCCGCGAGUGUGGCCUUCAGGGAAACACUCUGUGCCAGAUCUGUGGCCCGGGAACAUUUUCUGAGGAGCUUGCUAGCACCAAACCCUGUCAGACCUGUGCCCAGUGCUCUGACAGCGAGGUGGAGAUCCGAGCCUGUAUGCCCAACUCCGACACACUCUGCAUGGAUAAGAAGCUGCACAUUCUGUCUCGUCCUGCUGGGUCCGAUGGGCCCCGUGACGCUCCUCGCUCUCCAGUUGUAGAGGAGGUGACAGAGGAAGGGGAAGCCAGUCCUACCCCUGGAACGCCCAAAUUUACCCCGCAGAAUGAGGGUGGCAGCAACAACAUUCUUGCUUACGUGUCUGUUCUGGCUGCCGUGGUGCUGGGUCUUCUUCUUUAUGUGGCUUAUAAAUGCUGGAGAUCUUGUAAACAGAAGAAGGCUCUCUCUAAGGCCCGUGCGGCUGAGUUGGGAUCAUCUCCAGAGGGAGAAAAGCUCCAAAGUGACAGUGGAGUUUUUCUGGACUCUCACAGCCUACAGGACAACCAGCCCAGCAAAGGUACCAAGAGGGACAGCAAGCAGGACAAUCGUCUGUACAUCAACCUACCCCCCCAGAGACAGGAAGAGGUGGAGCGCCUCCUGCAGGAGGGAGGGGGCCGGGGAUGGAGGCAGCUGGGCGCAGCACUGGGCUAUGAGCCUGAACAGCUAGACCUGUUUGGGCGCGGAGAGGCCCCCGCUCACACGUUCCUCUCUAACUGGGCCCAGAAAGAAGGCUCCACUCUGGGACUGCUGUGUUCCGCACUGGCCCGCAUUGAGAGGCCUGAUGUAGUAACAGCUCUUAACUGCCCAACGCAGGGUGUUUCUGUUGUCUGACAGCUUUUCAGCCACACGUGUCACCGUCAGAGACUCAAGUGAAGAACUUUGAUUGAAAUGACAAGGGAGACACUCUGAUAUCAACACCUGUCACUGUUCAAGACUGCCACUGAAAGUUCUUAUUGCUAUGUUGGACACUUAUAAUUCUGUUUUUAGUAAGACAACAAAAAAAUAUUCUAAUAACACUUUACUCUACCCCAGUUUAUGUCACCAUUUGAUUUAACAUGGAUCCAACUGCAUGGAAGAAUUUCCUGCAAUGUAUCACUACAGAGCAAAUCACCAGUAACUAGGGAAAAUUGACAUACUGAAUAUAUGUUAUGUUGCAACCUCUCAAGGCUAACAAUUUUCCAUUCUUAUUAAGCCUUAGUCAGUUCCUUAAUGGAUACUGUGGAAUCCUGGUCAGAUUGGAUUACAGUAAACUCCGCAUACUCUACUCUUAACUACGUUUACAAGUGGCAGGAAACAGAAUAAUAUGUUUACAUGUACUGCAUGAGUGUCAUUUUUUUCAAAAACCGCUGUUUACAUGUUAUUUGGACAGUCAUGAGAUUUGUCCCCUCCUUUUUCUAAAGAAAAAAGUCCCUCCGUCUGCUUUUGUAAACAAAUAUGGGCGCCUUACGUCAUCGUGUUUUUAGUCUUGCAAGCCUUGUUUUAUGAAUCACAACUUCAGCAAUCACUUUGGUAUUGCUGUUGAUUUUUGCGAAAAGGAGAUGGUUUCUUCCAACAACACUGCUUUCCAAUAUGAUGUGACUUUUCCUAUUUGGGCUCAUUUCCGUGCACGUGUACCCUUAAAAAAAGAAGAAAACUCCAAGAAACCCUACUAACAUGGCCAAGUGAUCAGAUUUCUCCAGUGAAAUUGAGGGGUUAAAUCUUCUUAACAUCCCGAUGACGCUUGCAGUGGUUAUUUUCUUUAUAAGAACACUCUAAGUAAUGUGCAGAUAGGAACUACUCACAAUGCUAUUUUUUAAAAUUUGUUUUUUCUUCUUCUUUCUGCUGCAGCCACUAAAUAGCCUUAGUAUUUAUUUACACUGAGGAAAUAUUAUGCACCAGUGAUGUUUCAAAACUCAUCAGAAGACAUGAAAAUGAAACAUAAAUAUAAAAACACCUUUAUUAGCUCUUCCUAAUAAUCAUCUUUAAUUGUAAAUAUCUUAAAUACUAAGUCAUGGCUUAAAGUGAGACCAUUUAUGUACUGUGAAGACAGAAGAAAAUGAAAAGGAAUUAAUCUAUUCUCCUUACAUUCAAAAAUACACAGCUCUAUUACCGUCAAGUUCAUUUCUUGUGUUAGAUAUAGAAAAAAACAAUCCAAAGACACCGUUAACAUCAAUCCUUGUGUCCAUCUUGCUUUUGUAUUUAUUUCAUCACCAUUUCAAGUCCAAAGCUUAAUAAAAUCUAUGAGAACUAUGGACAUCUGCGGUGUGGUAGCUACACUAUGUGUUGA